ACUCGCCCAGUGGAGCGGGUUUUGGCGAAGUUCUUGAGGCUUUCAGCGCUCUACUCUGUGGCUGACAUGCUCCGAAGUACUCGCUGCUCUCGGACAGUCGUUCGGGAUGCGCGACGACUUGCCUGGCCCACAGACGAUGACCUAAACGGCGCGGCGCGCAAUGUCUGCAGACUCCAGGCGGCAUACAGUCUCAUGGCCGAAGACGUCAUCGCGACACUGUGCUCUCCACAUCUGGCCAAUCAGCUGGCCCCGGACGACGCCCUAUUGCUAGCUGUUCACUGUUCUCUGAGUGAACCCACUGUUGCUGCCGCUUGGGUCAAGCUAGGUGAUGACCGGCGCUACACCGAUUUCUUCGAUCGCCAUCUCCGUAAGCUGAAAUCCCCAACAACCAAGGCGAAUUUGACACCUUGGCACGAGGCCAUCGGUCAGCCGCCCGAGACACCCUCAAUGUGGCUUUACCGGCAGGCCUUCCUGCAUGCUGAGCACUCCAGCUUUCCCAGCGACACGCCUUUCGGUGAGCUGUGCCGCGCCAGUCAGGACGUCGACGCGAGAGCCAACGGAAAUCUGCGCUGUUGGCUGUCAUACGGAAAGCACGGCGCUGCGUCUUUCUCGCCUUUUGCUGUGGAGGAGUUGUCCGUGUCCAAGCCUCGGCUCUGGCUAGUGCACGACUUCUUGAGCCCAAGCGAGUGCGCAGCUGUUCGACAGGAAGCGACCGAACUUGAGCCUGCGUUGGUGACGCGGGAGGACGGAAAAGACGACCAGCCGGAUACCAGGACGGCGGCCCUUACCUGGCUGGAAAACGCGGGAAGCGCGCGGCGCGUCUACCGACGUGCCAGUGCGAUCACGGGCCUUGCGAUGGAUUCUGCCGAGAAACUCCAGGUUCUCAACUACGCCGUCGGCGGACAUUACAACGAGCACACGGACCCCUUGAACGACGACAAUGACAAGGACGAACGGCUGGCCACACUUCUGGUGUACCUGAACGAUGUGGAUAGGGGCGGCUCAACCGCAUUUCCCAGGGCCCACCUCGCCAUUAGGCCUCAUCGUGGCUCUGCGCUCUUCUGGUUCAACCUAAAGCAAGAACCGACGACACGUAAGCGACGGAUAGACUACAGCAGCACGCACGGCUCCUGCCCGGUGCUUCGUGGAUCCAAGUGGAUCGCCACACUCUGGAUACAUGAGUGGUCGCAACCAUGGGACCUUGACUACUCGCUUGGGUAGUGAAGCACUCGUAGAAGUUGUGGCUUCGCUUUCUACGGGACUUCAGCGAAGCAGUGUCAAACACAAUGCCGACACGUGAUCAAAGAAAGAAAAUGCUCCCUGCAUUACAGCUCAUUGAUAUGCGUAUUGAUAUGCCAUGCAUCUGACGUUAACAAAAACGGUUUAUGUGGCACCGUAUCUGGGUCUUUCUUUCCUACGUCCAUGUUAUUACCUCCAUAACUCCAUAUUAUUCUUUCUUUCUUUGGCGUUAGAGGGUUCCGUUGAACAAAUAUGAGGAGCACCAAUGACAGGAUUAGAUUGUCUAUUAUAAUUUUGUUGUGUUCCUUCUUGCAACCCGAUAAUCUUUCCAUCAAUCUUUUUUUUUUUUUUUUUUUGGCUGGUUAUGCAUCGCCUCCUCCAUGUCCUCCGUGUAGCAAAUAUGUCCUCUGCUCGGCGUACUGCAAGCGUGGGCGACUGCCACGCGAAGCCAGAGAAGGAACAGGCAGGGGAACAAGCAUAGCAAAACUUCGGCAUCCACUUAUAUCAGAAACACAACAGAACACCGGGAAAUAUGGUGCUAUCGGAAGUGUUAAACUUUUCGCCUUCCACAUGGAAUCAUUGUUCUGUUUGUUGUAGAAGGGUUGAAAUGCGGGCCAGUUGGUCCAUAGUUGAAAGAAAAAAACCAGUCACAAAACACACAAG